GUAGUGCGUGUAUUCUGCCUGCGCCUGCGCGCUGCAUUCUUCGUUGCUUUCGCCCAUGCAUUGCCCAUGCUUUCAGCUGUCGCAUCUGCUGCAACGACUGCGAGGACUCCGCGCAUGUUUUGACACAAUCUCCAUGCGUAUGAAAGAGCGUGCGUGCGUUUCCGCAGGUACUCUUUGUGGUGCGUAAUGUCUGGUGAUUUAAGUACUUUGGACGAUUGGGACCCACUGAGCGAAGAGUUUUUCUCCGUCUCUUUCAACAGUUACAACCAAGGCCCUGGGGUCAACCUACCACUUGAGUGCUUGCCAGCGUUUUCUGAAGAAGCUGAGCUUGUCAGAUCGAGGACACUGUGUGUCAAAAAUCUACCUGUGGAGGUAACCGAGGCUGGCCUUAGGAACUUGUUUUCUGGCUGUGGAAAAGUGCUUGGUGCUCAGAGACUCCAGCCAAAGCCAGAAUACCCAGAUAAGACAAUCGGAUUCGUGGAUUUCCGCUCAACAAGAGAAGCGCUUGUUGCGAUUUCAACGUUUCACGAAAAACCUCCGUUCCAUUUGAAAGUGAAUAUUGCCAGCAUGUCUCUAUCGGACAGGUUUAGGUUUGACACUAAGAAGAAGGAAGAGCUGGAUGACGUACGUCGAAGGAUUGAGGAAAGAUACGGUGUGCCUGCAUACAUCAGUCCUCCACCAGGUGUUGGCAGAGGGCAAGGGAUUUCAUCUUCACCUUUUCCACCUGAAGAUUUGAAAACUAUUCACGUGGACGUGGGUUCACGCCCAGGCGAGCGGCGUGUCUACAGCAGCAGCAGCAGUAGUGGCUGCAGUAGUCAAUGCAGCAGCAGCAGCGGCUCAUCUGAUGACUCUUUUAAGACCUGCCGAUCGUAUCCGUGCAAUGACACUGAUCUUGUUGAUAAGAGUUUGCAGGUCGUCAUUACAGGCAAUGCUAGUGGAGAGCAGACACGCACAGUGAUUGUCCGUGACCUCACCACUUUGCCCGAUCAGAAGUGUGCCUACUGCGGUGAAUUUGCUGAAUUCUUGUGUCACGUUUGCAAGGUAUACUACUGCUCAGCAAAAUGUCAGUUGAAGGACUGGCCUUCACACAAGGGGAUUUGCCAAAAGAAAGGUUUGCUGCCUACACCUCAAAACAAACUGCCUGAGAAGGAUAAGGGCACAUCGUCACCAAAACGAGGUGGUCAGAGAAACAGUGAUGUUCUUGAGAAGGAGAGAGUCUCGUCCCCUCAAAAGCCAAGUGGUCAACAAGGCAACGCAUUCUCUGGUGGAGCGAAGGACAAGGCCUUUGGAAAGCCAGGGCAUGCUGGUUCGCUCAGAAGGCCCCAAGGCAAACCAGCACCCCACUCUCCAAACAGGCCUCAAGCAAGCCCACCGCAGUCGCAGUCUCCGGCGCCGUCUGCUGUUGCAGAGCAUCCGCAAGGGCAUACAAGAGUCGACAAGCCAGUGAGCACACGCCACCUGGAGUUCCCAACCCUGCCGCUCGGAGAGGAUGUUGAGGUGGCCCUUUCCUAUGGCAUCAGCCUGUCUGAAUUCUUCCUUCAAAAUGUCUCCGAGAUGCAAGACUUGGCGCAUCUGCAGGCCACUUUGCAGACGUUGUGUGCAACCAGCGAAAGGCUCCAGCCCACCAAGGGAGAAUAUUGUGCAGCACUCUUUGCUGAUGAUGGCCAGUGGUAUCGCGCGAGGGUCACUUCUUUUCAGGACUCUGCUUGCACAGUAUACUUCAUUGACUAUGGCAAUGUGGCCCAAGUGCCGUCUGAAAGCAUUUGCCAACUUCCGGAGCAGUGCAAGAAAUUGCCAGCACAGGCAGUGCGCUGUCGGCUUCAUGACUUGCGUCCAGCAUCUACAUCGGCUGGCUGGUCUGAAGAAGCAUUUUCCCUGCUUGGUUCCAUGAUCCAAGAAGGCACAAUAGUUGCCAAUGUGUCUAGGUUGUCGGAGGGCUUUCAUGAAGUGGAACUGAAGCCAAGUAAAGGUGGACAGAGUUUGAACAAGCAGCUAGUGGCCAAAGGACUUGCUGAGCGCAGAGCGGCAGCUGCCCUUGCAGCAGCACUUGCUCCCAAGGCUACGCCGAUUGUAGCCCCAGCUGCGGAUACAUUGGCCUCGCGCUUGCGGCGUCCACAGCACCUGAAGUCGAUACUGAAUGUGGUCAAGGCUGGGGACAUCCUGCCCAUGCAAGUGACGGUGUCUGCUAAAGAUGUAGUAUGGUGUCUCACCAUGAUUCCGGAAGUUGCUGGUUCCUUGGUCCAAUUGGAGGAGUCCCUUCAGGAAGAAGGAAAAGAACCUGGCAACAAGGCCGCUGCUUGUGGUGUGACUUGUGGGGAUUAUGUGGCCUCCCAAUCGUUGGAAGACAAGCGUUGGUACCGUGCCUAUGUGGUUGAGAAGACCACCAGUGGGCACACGGUGCGAUAUCUGGACUAUGGAAAUGACGAGUCCAACACAGACCUAAUUCCUCUUGCACCUGCACACCUGGCAGUUCCCGCUGCAGCGGUGCGCCUGCUCACCUCGGACCCCUUGUCCUUCAGAGUCGGGCAACUGCUCAGCUUUUCUGUGGAGUCUGCUGGUGAUGAUGGCACAGUUCAAGGAACUGCCACCUCCCAAGAGGAUGGCAAAACAAUGGGCACGUUUGCUUUGGCUGCAUGGAAUUCUGGUCUGGACACUAAAGAACCUGUGGUGUCAGCUGCUUUAAAACCUGCAACUGUCUCGACUCCAGCUCUUCCGCGCCUGGAGUCAAUUCUGAGCCAUGUCAAGCCUGGCGACAGCCUGCCCAUGCAAGUGACUGUGUCUGCCAAAAACAUGGUGUGGUGCCUCACCAUGACUCCCAAUGUUGCUGGUCCUUUGCUCCAAAUUGAACAAAGGCUCCAGGAUGAGGGCAGUAAGCUUGGUGACAGUGUGACUCAAAAGGUGAAUUGUGGUGAUUUCGUUGCUUCCCGAUCAUUGGAAGACAAGCGCUGGUACCGGGCCUACAUAACUGAGAAGACUGCCAGUGGGCACUCAGUACGGUACUUGGAUUACGGGAACGAUGAGUCCAAUACGGACGUUCUUCCUCUUGCACCAACACAUUUGUUGGUACCUGCUGCAGCUGUUUCCGUGCUGGCAUCAGACCCCACAUCCUUCAGAGUUGGGCUGCUGCUCAAUUUCACAGUUGAGUCUAUAGAUGGCGGCACAGUACGAGGAACUGCCACCUCAGAGGAAGAUGGCACAAAGAUGGGCACGUUUGCUCUGGCUCCCUGGAAUUGUGGUCUCGCCGCCGCAGGAGAACCUGUGGUGUCGCCUUCUCCACAAAAACCUGCAGCUGGUCGAGCCACUCCCCCUAGUACCUCUCCACCUGCUCCACCUACUCGCAAGCCAUCGGACCCAAGAUGGACGCCAAGGUUCUGCAUGUGCCACAGCGGAAGCUUCCGACGACCAAGUGCCCCAUGAUACCCGUUUGGAAGACACCAGAGGUGCUGUACCUACAGCAGCAGGAUCUGGUUUCGGAGUUGCAGGCCAUGAUGGUGGCACUGAACACCUGGGUUAAGAGUGAGAGCCCUCACUCGACUGUCGCAAAGUACUCCAAGGGGGA